AUGAAGAAACGAGAUUCAAGGAUUUCUCUUCGAUUACAAGCUCUCCUCAAUGGUUCCCUUCCUAUUCUGCUCACUCUGACAUUUCCAUUGAUGAGUUGGAAGGCUCUCUCUAUCCUGACUGCAUCUCCCUCGCCGGUGAUGUGUGUCAUCUCUGAGUCUAUGGCGCCAGCCUUCCACCGAGGGGAUCUUAUUUUCCUGUGGAACAGACCAUCGCUUAUUCACGUGGGCGACAUCCCUGUUGUGUGGUUUUCGGGGAAUGCAUAUCCCAUGGUUCAUCGUGCUGUCCAAGUCUAUGGCGACGCUGAUUCUACCAUAGAUCAUGAGAUCAUUCCAAGACAAUUGAUUGUAACCAAAGGCGACAAUAACGAAAUCAUGGAUGUUCCACUCUAUCCCCCUGGACGCGAAUACGUUUUAAGGGAAGAAAUCGUGGGACUUGUGAGAGGCUAUAUUCCGUUUCUCGGCUGGAUGGUAAUCGCCUUGCAGGAGUUUGUCUGGAUUAGGUACUUGAUAUUUGGAUUAGGUUUUGGUUUAGCUCUGAUUGAUUAG